AUGGCUAAGACGAUAAAGUUGUUUGGAUUCCCGUCCGAUGCGACUGUGCAAAAAGUGAAGUUGUUUCUUCAGCGACUUACUGGAGAAGACAGUAUUUAUGCUAUUAUAUUAGCAGACCCUAAAAAUGAAGGAAUUUAUGAUGCUACUGUUGAGUUUGACUCCACUGAAAAUGCAGAGUCUAUUAUCUCCUUGGCCAGGGCCAGUGAAGGUCUCCGGUAUGAUAGUUCCACUUUCAAGGCUCCCUACUAUUUGACAGCUAAAAAAAUGAAGUAUGAUCUUAUACCGAAGCCAAGAAUCUUCGUGCGCGACUUGGAAUUAAUAUUAGUGCAUUUUGGUUGCAAGAUUGCCAAUGAAAAGUUCCAUAUUUUGUGGACAGCAGGAGAUGUUUCAGUGGACUUUGGGUCUCAAUUACACAAGGAAGUACGUUUUCUUCUGCCAUAUCCUUUGGAGUAUAAGCUCGACCUUUCCUAUGAGAACAUCGGGCAAAUUGAGUUGCAUCGUCCGCUUGACACCCUUGUGGACUAUCUUUUGAUUCAGCUAAAUGGCGCUCCUCGAAUAUAUGCAAAAAAAUUACAUCAGGAUUAUGAAGACCUUGAUAUGAAGUAUUUCAAGGAUAACCCUAAUGACCAAUGGAUAAGAAGUGUUGAUUUCACUCCAUCAUACUGUAUUGGUCAGUCUUCUGCAAUAUGUUUGGAGCUUCCUUAUGGUUGCCAACUUCCAGAUUACAGAAAAUGCGUUGCUUCUUAUAAAGUGAGGAUAGGGAACUUAAUUUUGCAGACUAGUUCUGCUCUUUCUUGCUACCAUGAUUUAGUCCCUAUUGUUGAUUCUCCUCCAAGCGUUGAUUUGCCGUAUUCUAUUUUGUUCAAAAUCAACUUAUUGGUUCAGCAUGGUCGUCUUUCAUGGCCAACACUUGAUGAAGACUUCUAUAAGUUGGUUGAUUCAAGCCAAACAAAUUCUCACUUGAUACAGUAUGCCCUCAACCAAUUAUUUCAUUUAAAAGAGAUCUGUUAUGAACCUUCAAAGUUGCUUAAGAAGUACACGACCUCAGAAACAGACAACCCUCCACCAAGGGAAUCCUUAGAUUCUGGGUUCGUUUAUGUACACAAAGUCAUGAUAACACCGUGCAAAGUGUAUUUUUGUGGUCCGGAGCUUAUAAUGUCAAACCUUGUUCUACGAAACCAUCGAGAGGAUAUAGAUAACUUUCUUCGUGUUUCAUUUGUUGACGAGGACUUGAAUAAACUCCAUCUGGCAGAUGUACCUACUCCUGGCAGAUGUACCUCCUCUGCCUUUCAGAUUCGAUAUGGUGGAUACAAAGGUAUAGUAGCAGUUAAUCCAACCUCAUCAAUGAAAUUAUCAUUGAGAAAAAGCAUGUGCAAAUUUGAAUAA